GUUUCCUCGUGCAUUUUGAGGGAAAGGAAGACCAUUUUCAUCACGGCAUCAUCGACCGACCACCAUGGCUGAGUUCGAUCGGAUUCGCGAGAUCAAAGCUUUCGAAGCAGCGGGUGCGAGCGUAAAAGUCCUCGCAGACGCUGGCAUCGCUCAAAUCCCUCCGAUUUUUCAUCUCCCGCGGGACUUUUUGGAAAGCAAACAGCCUCCUUCAUCCGAUCCACGCUACUCCGUUCCCGUCAUAGACCUCCAAGGCAUCAAGAACGACCCCAUUGCACGCAAGAACGUCGUUGAGGACGUUAGAGAGGCUUCAGAGAAAUGGGGGUUCUUCCAGGUGAUCAACCACGGGAUUCCCCAGAGUGUUCUUGAUGGAAUCAUUGCCGGAACACGACGGUUUCACGAACAAGACCAUGAAGAGAAGAUGAAGUACUUUACGCGAGAUGUGUCCAAGAACGUGGCCUUCAGAUCGAACUUUGAUAUUCAGAAAUCCGGUCUUGCAUCUUGGAAAGAUAGUUUCCAUUGCCAGAUGGCACCCAACCCGCCCCGUCCCGAAGAGCUUCCUCAUGCUAUCAGGGAUUGUUUGAUGGAAUUCUCUGAGGAAGUGAAGAAAUGUGGAGAAUUGAUGUUUGAGCUACUGUCUGAAUCUCUGGGGUUACCAAGUGACUACCUAAAGGACAUGGAUUGUGCAAAUGCUAUGGCAUAUCUUUGCCACUAUUACCCUUCUUGUCCACAGCCCGAUGUAACAUUGGGAUUGAAGAGGCACUCUGACAACUCUUUCAUCACAAUGCUUCUUCAAGACCAUAUCGGCGGCCUUCAGAUUCUCCACGACGACUACUGGAUCUUCGUUCCACCUAUUUCAGGUGCCCUCGUUGUUAACAUCGGAGAUUUCAUGCAGCUUUUGACAAACGACAAGUACAAGAGUGUGGAGCACAGAGUGCUUGCGAACAAAGUCGGGCCGAGGAUUUCAGUGGGAUGCUUCUUCAACACAAGUCUCAACCCUAAUCCGAAAGUGUACGGACCCAUCAAAGAGCUUCUGUCCGAAAAUAACCCUCCUAAAUACCGUGAGCUCACCCUCCAAGAGUAUAAUACAAAGCGUGCGGAGGAGCCGCUGGGUUCUGCCGGAAAAGUGUUGAAGUACUUCGAGAUCUAAAACGUUAUACAAUAUCUAAUGGAUGUUACGAGUAUCUACGCAAGUAAUAAUGGUCUGGUUUCUCUCUUGAUGGAAUCGUGACCUUGCAUGUAUUGAAUAUUUAUAUGAAUUAUGCAAAAAAUUAUCUUAAUUGUUUAAGGUUUUAUUUGCAAAAGUAAGUGUAAGGAGACUUGAAUUCAUUUAACAAUUGAUAUUGAAAUAUGUAAUUUUAGUGA